CUAACUUGCGUAAGCCGCUGCAUCCAGCGGUGAAGAUGGAGGUUUCUGCUUCGCCGUCUGGAGCACAUGCAGCCGCGUGUCGACGGUGAUGCAGCGGAUAGCGAGCCUGGCUUGGUGCCGGGAGCUCGGCUGCCUCGCUGCCGUCACCCCGGCUCUCUGCACCCGGUGCUUCGGGAGCAGCAGUAGCGUAGCCGCGCCGGUCACUCGCCGGCAGAGGUCGUUGCUGUGGCCGCACGCGAGCCGGAGGACGGUCGAGUUCACCGGUCAGAAGCUCCGACACUUGAGCUCGCGGAGCUCCGGUCCGGAUCGCGGUGUGUCCGUGGUGGGAAUCCCGGAUCCUCUGACAUGGAUCCGGUGUAAGGUCAUCAUGUACCUGGUGCUGCUGUACUUUGAGUUAGACCUGACUUCUGAGGAGUUUGAGAGAGGAGUCAAGCAGGCUCUGGUCCACGUCUCUGACUUGAUAUCGAAGGGUCAAUACUGGCACCUGAGGGGGGUGGUAUCUAUUGAGACGAUUGAGUACGUGGAGGGAAAGUGUUCCUCCCUCACUGAAGCUCAGAGGAAGCUGCUGGCGGUCAACAUGGACGACAUCAUCUUCCUGCUGCCGGAAGAUGUCACCGUGGUCUUUGAUUCACACGGUAGAAAGUUCUGCCGCGUCGUCAUGAGGUUUUGGCUUCUGUCGACUCACGACGGUCCGGAUGACCCUGAAGGCACCGCCAUAUUCAGAGUGGCUCCAAGUGAAGACGGCAGCCCUCAGAAGAAGCUGGCCACGGCUGUGUACGAGUUCCACAGAGAGCUGACCCCAGGAGCGUCGCCCGACUGGACCGUCACAACCAUCUGGCACUGGCACUGGAAGCUGGCGGAGUGAACGGCAGCCAUCUUGGCUGUUAUCUUUCUCACAGACUAAAAUGUUAGAACGCAGGACAAAUCCUGAUACUGUGCCUAAAAUAAACCCUGACCUCAGGUCUCCAACGGUCACGUCUCAUCCAGCAGCACAGAUGCAGCCGCUGUGAACCGGUUAUGACCAAAAACAGCCCUUUUGUUUAACCCGAUGGACCCUUGAACGGUAUCAACCCGAGCAGCACCUUGCUAUUAGCAUAGACGUCAUCCCAGCACAGAAAGUUGAACUUUUAUUGAAGACAUAUUAGUGUUCUGGUCCUGGAGAUAAGCAACAGGCAGCACGAUAAUCCAUUACCAUAGUAAGCAGGAGGGGGCGUAAGACCUGCCACACGCUUGUCUGCGACACUGUUCCCGCCACAAGCGAAUGAGGUCGACACGUUGAAUGUCUGCGAGUGGAAAUGUCACUCCGCACCUGACGGUUCUAAUUCAGGCCCGCGGUCACUGCCAGAACCGCGUCAGCCGCCUGAGCCGUCGGCGGCCGCGCUGAAGACCGUGUGUUGUCGAGCUGAAUCCGGCUGCCGCAUUAUUAAUGUCGACAACAAAUCGGAGGAACAACAGAGGCUUCCAUCAUUAGCGGCCUCUAAUUCAUGCAUAAUGAAACGCACGGAGGAUUAGUCUAAUUUUCCCGCCGCUGAUUCGAGGUCUGCGGAAGUUUGCGUGGGUUUUUCCCUUUUCGGUUCCAGCGGAGCGUUAAUGAGAUUAAAUGAGAGCAGUUAGCUUAGCACGUGUCAGCGCGCUGGUGGCACAUUACACACGCCUCUGCAUCGCCGCCCCGGACGGAAAUUAGCCGACAAACAAAACCAAGUCGUCUCUAUCGACAUCUUUUAUGAGUUCUAUUACUGUUGGGCGACGCGGCGACGUGGCGGGGCGCCAAACCGUUUCAUUAAUCUGGUUAGCGCCAACCAUCCCUGUUUGAGCCUCGGCGUCAGCAUGAUAAGUCAGUGGUCGACUCCGUCAGACUCUUUUUGAAGGUUAAUUAAUAGAAUUAGCUGGCGAAUGCGCGCACAAUUACGUCUAAUGCUCUGACAGCCGCCGUUUGUGAAGACUGCUAAUUGACACAGCUCACGCCUCAAAGCAAAUGAAGAUGUGUCGUCUCAAACAAAAGAGGAAUUAAACGUGGACAUGAGGAGUCCUCUAUGUAUCGUGUCGGUGUUUGAUACGUGGGAAAAUAGGUGGAAGGUAGAGGAGGUGCUCCAGAUCCAGCUGGGUCACGGUGGCUGGGGUCGCGCUACAUUGCUCCCAUCUCCUUCAGAACACUGCGGAAGGCCUCAACACAAACUUCCCCGGCGGGAUCUCUCAUGGCCGCCAGCUUCCAGGCCUCCGCCAACGUCUCCUCGGAAACGCUCACCCCGACGUUCCUGAAGAUCUCAGUCACCUGCAGAGGGAAAGAGCAAAGACAGUCAUCUGGAGACAGUUUCUCCUCCAAGCUGAACAGCAAAUCUUCAGCAGCAACAAAGCAAGUGAGGUGAGAAGAGGAGGGGAGAUAAUGGAGUAUUGAUUCUUCAGGCCCAGAAGAAGACAAACCCUGUUGUUGCCAUUUGUAAAUCAAGCCUGGCUGUGUAAGCUACACAACAGCUGUUGAAUAAAC